AUGGAUGGAGAAGAUGAUGGGAAGGUGGGAGAAAUGGGAGGAGAGGCUAGAGGAGAGGAUGGAGGAGAGAAUGAAACUGAUUAUGGGGGAGCUAGAGGAGGCGAAAAGGAGAGAGGAGGAGUGGAGGAGAGAGAGAGAGAAGAUGGAGAAAAGAGUAGGAGACUUAGAGAGAAAUUGGAAGAAGGCAUGAGGUUAGGAGGGGGAGGGAAAGGAGUGGGAGAUCUAGAGCGGAGGGUAGGGAAAUUGGAGGAGAGCGGAAGAGGAGGAGGCGAGGGAGGAGGGGGAGAUGGAGGGCUAGAAAAGAGAGUAAGGAAGAUGGAGGAGAUGUGGGAAGAGAGGGAUAGGAAGGAAAGAAAGAGGAGAGUGGUGAUAAAGGGAUACAAAGCAGAGGGAAAGGACGUGAAAUGUAAAGUAGAGGAGAUACUAAAGCGAGUGGGGGCUGAGGUUAAGGUGGAGGAAGUGAGGGAGGUGAAAACCGGGCGAGAGGAGCAGGGGGGGUUUGCGGUAGUGAGUUUCAGGACAGAAGGCGAGAAAAGGGAGGUAAUGAAAAAGAAAGGUGGACUGAGGGGAGACAAGGUGUGGAUAGAGGACGACCUGACGUGGAAGGAAAGGCAAGUGAGGUGGAGGAUCAGGGAGAUGGCGAGGGAGGAGGAAAGGAGAGGGGCCAGAGUAUGA